GACUGGACUGAUCUGAACCCGUCUGCGCCCACAUUCAUACCCCGCGCCCCCCAUAACACCAGUCAAGACACAGCCGGUCCUCACAGACACACCACUUAUGAAGAGGAAGCGCCAACUGUGAGGUCCAGUGCUUCCACUUCUGGUGCGAACGACAAGAAAGUGAUCCGAAAUAAGAAGUCUAGUACUGACUGGAAGUCCACUUCUGGAAAGCCAUCGGUUCUAACACUUCAACAGUUUAUUACCGAAAAACUCAAAAUCGAUGACAAGAGUCCUAAACCAAGUCAGAAGACAUCAUCAACUCAUCCCAAGAAAGUGCAAACACACGAAACACCACACAAUACACUGGACUCUUCAGCGCCGACACGGAAAAGAGGUAAAGAGAGAGAGAAUCCGAAAGCAAAGAAACCGACGACUCUUAAGAGGAUUAUCAACAAAGAAAGGGAUGGUUUGGUUGAGACACAAGACUCAAGUUUGAGAUCUUGUGACGGAAGCCAUGAUUUGGAGACAAUUAAUAAGAAAUUACUUCACACUAAAGCUUAUCGUGAAUACUGUUGCCAGCGAUUGACCCAAAGUAUCGACCAAUUGGUGGUCAACCUAUUGAGUGAUUUAGUGCUAUUUCAGGACAGAAUGUUCUCUAAAGAUCCCAUUAAAGCAAAGACUAGGAAACGAUUAACUUUUGGAUUCAACGAAGUGACCAAAUAUGCGAAUAUCAACAAAAUUAAACUCUUAGUCAUCGCUCCCGACAUCGAGAAGAUUGAGAGCAGAGGCGGUCUCGACGACAGUCUCUCCGCUUUGAUUAGCAUCACUCAAAACAAUGGCAUUCCUAUUGUGUUUGCAUUAAAUCGAUACAAAUUGGGCCGCAUUUGCAAGAAGAAGGGUUAUGUCAGUUGUGUCGGUGUUUUGAAUUAUGACGGCUCACAGGAUAACUUCAAACAAUUGCUGAGUUUAUGUGAAACGGAGAGAAAUGAAUACAAUUCCGUAUUUGAAGAGUCAUUGAAUAAACUGAAAGCACUUUCUGACCAACAAAUCGAUGAAAUACUAAACGAUUUUCCAAAAAUCCCUAAAGAGUUCUGUCAAACGAGAGAUGAUUUGAAUCCAAGUGAUCGACAACUUGUCAAAUGCAAGAAAAGUUCCCAAUAAUGACAUGUCUAGUGAUAUGCAAACCACAUAAUCGUAUAAUUACAUUACCCUUGUUACUUUUAAUACUUGAC